AUGAAAUUUCAGCAUCUUGUUUAAUUGAACAUGGUUAUUCAAUUAUAAUUUGUACAGAAGAAGGUGAUUUAUAUAAAAUUUCAUUAAAACAUGGUGAAAUAUUAUAAUAAUGGGAAUCUUUUUAUUAAGAUGAAAUCAUAUCUAUUUGAUAUGAUGAAAAUUAUAAAAUGUUACAUAUUGUUUCAAUAAAGGAAUUUUAAAUAUUUACCUUUAACUCAACUAAAUGCUUGUUAAUGUAAAUUUUAUAAAAAUAAAUGGCCAAUACGUCAACUUACAGUAAAUAUUAAGGUUGAUUAGUUGUUAGUUAUGAGAUUUUAUAUAAAUUUGAAAUUUGGAAUAUUAUUGUGUAUCAAUAUAAACAUAUAUAGAAAAUAAUGCAAUGGUAACAUCAAUGAUAUUUUGUGAUUGUCUUCCUCUUUUAACUAUAGAAACUAAUAAAGCUGAUAUAUUUAUAUUUUAAUUAGUUUAAAAGAAUGAUAAAUUAUGA